AUGUGUUUAUUUCUUCCAUACAGCUAUCAAGUCAUAAGGAUGCGAGCGUGACAUUACCCACGGAACGUGGUGGAGCCGAAUCGUGCUAGCCAUCGCAAACAGCAUCUGUCAGUUAGCCCUUGAGUCUUGUACCGCAAACACUGGCCGGGGCAGUCUACUCCAGCACCGCAGUGGAAAAAGUUUUACGAUUAUAGAGGAAUAUUGUUUCAGAUGUUGAGGCAUCAAAGACGAACAAGUGUGCUUCCUCAUGUUUCGCCACUGCAUCAUGCAUCCAUAAAUUCCUCAUCUUGUAUUCACGGUUUUUUAUGAUAUCAAAGAGUUUUGACUUUCCCAGGGUGCAUAUGUGCAACAUUCGGACACCUACGACGAAAUUAUUGGAAACGAUUAGAAGUACUUCUCGUUCUCCACAUGCAUUGCAUGGCAACUACACAAUCACGAACGUUCACAUGAAGAGAAUCGCCCGUUCGACUUAUCAGUGAAACAGAUCUUCAAGUUGUGCCAGUGUAGGCCGUCAAAGAAGGCCGUCGUUCUGGAGGCAGGACAUGGUGUUAUAAAGAUUAUAUUUCACACGUUUACAUCACUCCUCAACGUUUUUAUAUCGGCGGAAUAUCAAGCGCUUUCACGCGUUGACUCAAUACAAUUAAGCCACGUGGGCACUUUUGGCGCCCAGUCGGAAGGAAACUACACCGGCAAUUUGAGAGAGGCUUGGUUCGCAUAGAAAAGCUUGUGUCAAAACACACACCACGUAACUUGGAGUUGCCCAGCUUUAUUAGUUCUUGUCGAAUCUUGUUCAAAGAUGAAUCUAAUUGAGAUUUCAGGAAUUCUUUUAUGGAUAUGCGUGCGAUACACCCUGGGGAAUGAUGGCUGUAAACUUGACGCCUUUCAGCGCUGCUUCCAGUCUCAGUUGAUGGACAUGAGCGGACCAGACAGUGCCCGUAGUAUGUGCGUUCGUCAAAGGUUGUCAAAGUCGUUACAAUGCAUGGAGAAGAUAAAGUCAGAGUGUGAAACGGAGCUGAGACGGACCAUCGAUACGGCCGCGUGGAAAGAAGCUGUGGCAUUAUAUUGUGACAACACUGAUCUCUUUGCUGACAACGUCAAUUGCACUCAACGGGUCCGGCCUUUUAUGAGGACGUGCUCAACGUCGCGCAUGAUACACUUCGCUCAAAGGAUAGCAAGGAGAAAUAUUACCAUGACCGACCCCAAGACAGGGAUGCAGCUCACAUGCGAACAUAUAGAGGACACAUUGGAGUGUGUGGACAGUAAGCUGACCAGGAAGUGUCCAGACAAUGCCCGGAACGUCCUCAUGAAGGUCAUCCGUCUAUUCAGCCAGCCAACGUGCAUGUUCGGACCGUACGUGGACACGACCGUGCCUCCAACUCUCUCUACACCAUCACAGCAAGAGACCAUCACCAAUACUAGCUCCAGGAUGACAGCGGCAUAUAUUAUCGUGUUGGCUUUAGGUCUAGUGCACUUGUUGUGGUAGCUGAUGAUAAUGAAAGAGUCAAUGUUAUUAUAUGAAUGGUUUUAAUAUUAUAAGCAGCAGUGUAGAUUAUACCAAAUUGUCCUUCUUUGAA